CAGUCGAUGAUCUCAACUGAAGUUUCCUCUGUCAGUUUCAUGAAGAGGCUGAAGAAACUCCCCGAGAAUGAUAAAAGUGUCCUCUAGGCUGAGCUUUGUCGAAGACCGCGGCGGGAAAAGGCAAAGUAAACGAAACGCAGUUUAAGUCCCAAAUAACAAUGCGGUUCAAACAAAGGAAGCAGUGAUUUGCGGUCUCGGUGGUUUUCUCCGCUGCUGCUGCUGCUCCUGCCAGCCAGGCAGCCAGGGCUGGGUCCCGUUACAGUUGUGAGUCGGCGGCUCGCCAAGACGUCCAUGGAGGAGCAGGAAUAUCCCGAAGCGGUGCUGGUGACAGAGGCCGGGCCACAGUGGCUCCGGGCCGAGGUCGAGCGUCUCACCCGGGAGCUCCGCGAAACGACCCAUGAGAAGAUCCAGGCGGCGGAGUAUGGGCUGGCGGUGCUGGAGGAGAAACAGCAGCUCAAGCAGCGAUUCGACGAGUUGGAGACGGAAUAUGAGACGGUCCGACAGGAGCUGGAUCAGCUGAAGGAGGCCUUUGGACAUGCUUACUCUACCCACAGGAAGGUGGCAGCAGAUGGGGAAAGCAGAGAGGAGUCACUGAUCCUGGAGUCUGCCAGUAAAGAGGCUGUCUACCAGCAAAAAGUCCUUGAGUUGCAGAAUGAGCUGCGACAGGCCAAAGCCUCCCUCACCAGUUCACAAGCUGAAAAUGAGCGUCUGUCCUCCAUAGUCCUGGAGAUGAAGGAGAAUUCAGAGCUGGCUGAGCUGCAGCGCGGUCAGCUACGCGAUGACAUCCGAGAAUACAAGGUGCGAGAGGCUCGUCUGCUGCAGGACUACAGCGAGCUGGAGGAGGAGAACAUCUCUCUUCAGAAGCAAGUGUCUGUGCUGAGACAGAACCAGGUGGAAUUUGAAGGUCUAAAGCAUGAGAUCCGCCGUCUAGAGGAGGACUCCCAGUGCCUGCACAGCCAACUGGAGGAGGCCAUGCGUCUAAGAGAAAUCGCUGAGCGACAGCUAACAGAGGCCUUAGAGACAAUUAAAACAGAGCGCGAGCAGAAGGCCUCCCUGCGCAAGCAGCUCUCCCACUACAUGACCAUCGGCGGCUCUGUGUACAACAGCUCCUUCAACAUCUCCAUGGACAACCUGAAACUCCACGACGACCCCUCCACCAUCAGUGAGCCUGACAACGACGAUCUAAUCAGAGGUUUUGAAAAUGGCUUGGUGAAAACGGGUGAGGGUGAUGAAGACAACAGAGCCGCUAUGAACAAGAGAGGAGAGGCCUUUAAGCCAGCUCCCAGCCUGGUGGAUGAACUGCUCAGUGAGCUCAACAUCUCAGAGAUCCAGAAACUUAAACAACAGCUUGUACAGGUGGAGCGAGAGAAAGUGGCCCUGAUUAACUCUCUGCAGGAGAGCCAGAAGCAGCUGGAACAGGCCUAUGGGACUGUGUCUGAGCAAAAGGAAACUGUCAACAGACUGACUGAGAACCUCAGCGCAAUGAGGAAACUUCAGGCCAGUAAGGAGCGCCAGUCUGCCCUCGACAGUGAAAAAGACAGGGACAGCCAUGAUGACGGAGACUACUACGAGCUCGACAUCAACGGGCCUGAGAUCUUGCAGUGUAAGUACACUGUGGCCGUGUCUGAAGCUGGGGAGCUGAGGCAGGAGCUGAAGACGCUGAGGGCACGGUACGAGGAGUGUCGAACCCAGUACGAAGAGGAGCGAGCGCAGUUGGAGAGCGACGUCCAGGACUUGAGGUCAAGGCUGGCGUCCCUGGAGAAGAUUAGCCAAGCAGAUAAAGCGGAGGUGGCUCGUCUGGAGAAGGAGCUCCAUCUGGCCAGCAAGGCUGCAGGAGAAUCACUUGGCAGCCUUAACGUGGCCCAGGAUGAGCUCAUAGCUUUCAGUGAAGAGCUAGCCAAUCUCUACAACCAUGUGUGCAUGUGCAACAACGAGACCCCUAACCGUGUCAUGCUCGACUACUACAAGGAAGGCAAGGUCAUGGUAAGAAGAGGGCAGGAAGGGAAGGAGCAACAGUCUUUCAUACUUAUCAGUAACGGGCUGAUCACAGAGACGGAACCAGGAAAGUCACACACCACAGCUCCAGCCCCAGAGCAACGCCCAGAGCCCAUGAACAUCUAUAACCUCGUAGCCAUCAUCAGGGACCAGAUCCGCCACUUGCAGCAGGCAGUGGACCGAACCACAGAGCUGUCACGCCAGAGACUUGCCAAUCUGGAGCUGAGCGCAGUGGCAGACAAAGACAAAGAGGCUUGCAUGGAGGAAAUCCUCAAACUGAAGUCCCUGCUUAGCACCAAGAGGGAACAGAUAGCCACUCUCAGAGCUGUGCUGAAAGCCAACAAACAGACGGCAGAGGUUGCCCUGGCCAACCUGAAGAGUAAGUAUGACAGCGAGAAGGCCAUGGUGACUGAGACAAUGAUGAAGCUCCGCAAUGAACUCAAGGCUCUGAAAGAGGAUGCUGCUACGUUCUCCUCUCUUCGAGCCAUGUUUGCUACAAGGUGUGACGAGUACGUUACCCAGCUGGACGACAUGCAGAGGCAGCUGGCUGCUGCUGAGGAUGAGAAGAAGACCCUGAAUUCUCUGUUACGUAUGGCCAUCCAGCAGAAACUGGCCUUAACCCAGCGCCUGGAGGACUUGGAGUUUGACCACGAGCAGGCGCGCCGCAACAGUGCCACAGCAGUGGGAGGCAAGGGCAAAACAAAGGGCAAGGGAGCCUCUUCCAGUCAUCAUUAAAUCUAUCAAGCCAAGUGGCCUUAAGGAGGUCCGUGUCUGUGCUCCUGGGUUCUUCACUCUGUAAUCAUGGUCCCAAUCAUGUCGUUGCUAUCACAAGAACAUAUCCAACAGUAUUUGCCAAGGGCCUUGUUUUAGAGAGCCAAAACAAAAAUCUCUGAAAGUUCUGUCAAACAGUGUGACUGCAGAAAGUAUGACUCAUCACAUCAUCUGCCCACUGCAGUCCUUCAGUCUUCCAACAAUAUGAACCGCUAUUAUUACUGAACCAGAGGAAAACUCAAGAUGGAGGUUUUGCUGAUUACUCACUGCCUGUGUUACCCUGACUGAGCACUUUCUUUUUACUUAUUUGCUCUUAGGUGAUUCCUCUUUAUUUCUAAAAUCAUACUAAUUGUUUCAUGUAAUGUACAAUGUUUUACUGUAUGUGUGCGUUUAUCUGCCAAUUUCUUCAUGACAAUUUUAAAUGAUCAGCAUAUCUUUAUCUAUAUUUGUUUCAUAACAACAAAACCCAGCGAUUAUGUGGUCAUUCUUUUAUAAAGCAGUAUUUUCAACCAACUGGUUGAAAUUCAAACAAGAGACAAAUAAGCUUUUCUGCCUUAGUUGUUUUACUUUUGGCCUUAGAUUUAGGGGUGCCUAUGAGCAAGACCUCUGAUGUCUCCUGUUUAGCUCAUUAAGACAUUAUGCAAUACAUUGUUUUCAGCAUAUUCAAUUUAUAUUAUCCUGCAGAUGUGGAGCUUCAAAUUCAGGGUCUUAACUAAAUUUUCUGUGCUCCUCCUCUGUAGACAUGACAGAGCUGUUACAAAUUUAAGUAUGCUUGUUAUGACUGAAUAAGAGUAUUAAUGCAAAGCUUAUUUAAAGAUUUCUAAGUUAAGGUCAGAUGUUAAUAGUAUUCAUAAACUUUAUUCAUGAAGGAGAGUCUCUAAUGUAAUUGUUUUAAUACAUUUUUUGUAAACUGUUUGAAAAUACAUUUGCAAACAGUAAGCCUGCAGUGCCAUUUUGUGUCGUGUAUACAAGUGCAAUUUGCAAACAUGGCAAAAACAACGUUUAUGCUAUGUGAAAAUAUUUUACACAUUGUUGCUCACAUUCUUGGUCCCAAUUUAUUUUAUAUGUUUUUACUAUAACUAAAGCAAUUGUAUUUAUUUGACACUGCUCAGACUACAGGAUGUCAUUGUCCUUUUUGUUUCAUAAGGGAGUUUGUGUGGAGGUGAAUGGUCAGAAUUUCAAGAAGACUAAACUGUGGUAAAACACUCAUAAACACUCAUGACUGUUAGCUACUGUCUCUGCUUCCAGUUAUGGUCAGUGAUGAAAUAAAUCUAACUUUCACAA